AUGCACUUUGCUACAACCGCUGCCGCUCUAAGCCUCCUGCUGCUCGGCAGGACGCACGAAGCGACAUCUGCCGUCGUUCGCUACGACUGGAACAUCACGACACUCGAUCCCGCCAUUUUCGAUGGUGUCAGGGGUGCUUUUGGCUACGGGAUCAACAACGAGACAUGUGACAAGCACCCGAUCGACGUCAUCUUCGGCGACGAAGUGGAGGUCCACGUCACGAAUCAGCUCAACGAGGUAACGUGCAUGCACUGGCAUGGACUCAAGCAGCUCGGGACCCAAGAGAUGGACGGGGUUUCGGGCAUCACGCAAUGUCAGAUCCAGCCCAACGUGACAGCCAUUUACCGGUUCACGCCUGACAAAUGCGGGAGCUUUUGGUAUCAUGGCCACGAAGAAGUACAAUAUGCUUACGGUCUCCGUGGCGCGCUACUUGUUCAUUGCCCCGAAGAGAGACAGCAGAGCUGGGAGGCCGACGUCGAAGAAGAGUACACGGUUGUGAUAGGUGAUUGGUACCAUGACCUGCCUGCGGGGGCCCCCAUUUGGGACUCGGUUGUGAUCAAUAACGUCGGUCGCUACGACUGUGCAGUAGCGCAAGCUGCAGGUUUGGAGUGUAUCCCAGCACUACCACUGCCUCGAUUCCAGUUCGCACCAGGAAAGAAGUACCUCCUUCGACUAAUCAAUGUCUCGGCCUUGGCAGCGUUCAAGGUCAGUAUCGACGGACACACGUUCCAAGUUGUGGCAAGCGAUGCCGACUACCUCGAGCCCUCGACGCCCGUGAACUCGGUUUUGCUCAAUGUGGGCCAACGGUACGACGUUCUCGUGGAGGCUCUGUCGACCACUUCUCAAGAAGGCGAUCAACAACUACAACAGGUCAGUCAAACGGACCCAGCACCAGCAGCACUGGGCUCUUACUGGCUGCGGGUCAAUUCGCUCUUUGGUCCUCCCUGGACUGCUGCCUUGGCUAGUGCAGUCCCCGAAGGGUUCAACCCCGACGCAUUUGCUAUUAUCGACUAUGACAGCAAUGCCACCGCAGACCCGACAACGUCGGCCUGGCCCACGGAGGUGGCAAUCGGUGAGUUCGACUAUAAUCCAGCCGAGCCAGUUGAGCUCCCAGCAGAACCGGACCAACGCAUUAUCAUCGAGUUCACACUGGCCGUGCUUCCUAUAAACCCGGGGCAGUUUCUUGGAUACGUUUCGAUCAACGAAGGAGCCUUUUCCUCGCUCGUGACUCCCGACGUUCCACCGCUGUUCUCGAUCGCACAAGGGGCUUCAACCGAAGACCUCCCGGUGACAGCAAACGCUGUUAGGAUCAAUCACAACGAGCACAUUGAAGUGGUCGUUGUGAACGAGACGCCCGACCAACACCCGUUCCACUUGCACGUGCACUCGCCAUGGAUUGUCGGAAGCGGCCGCGCUUCGCGCGACGCAAUUAUCGCGGGCAAUCUUCAGACCUUGCGGCUUGAUGGACCCAUGCAGCACGACGUGUUUACUGUACCCGAGUGCUUGACCGACACUACGGGAGCUUGCACGGAUAUGGGCUACGUUGUCUUUCGCAUCAAUGGCGACAACCCAGGGGUUUGGCUCAUGCACUGCCACAUCGACUGGCACUUUGUAGUUGGGUUGUCCAUGCUCUUUGUCGAGGCAGAAGAUGUUCUGCACGAAGAAGGUCUUGCUGCGUUCUCACCGAACAUGCUGUUGAGCGUGUGCAACCGAGGUGGCAACUUCACCAUCUGA